UCGCCCGUGUUGAGCGGGAGACCAGGGGCUUGGCGGACCCUCUUCUUCCCUGUCUUCCCCUGUGGAGGGGGCGAGAGGCUUUCGCUACCACAACGCCGGCGAUGGCUUCGGGGAGCGCAGAGGCACCGCAGGUAGCAGAGCUGAAGGGAGAGCUGCGGCGUCUGGCGGAGGAGCUGAGCCGCUGCCAGGCUGAUAAAGAAUUUGUCUGGUCUCUGUGGAAACAUCUACAAAUGUCAAGUCCAGAUCUUACUCAAGCUGUCAGCUUGGUGGUGGAAAGAGAAAAACAGAAAGCUGAAGUCAAGGACAGAAGGGUUUUAGAGAUUUUGCAAGCCAAAGACAGCAAAAUAAAAACCCUAGAACAGAGACUCACAGGACAGCAGCAGGAAAUAAACAACUUAAUACAAAGAAAAAAUGCUGUGGAUGAGGAAAAUGCCCGUUUGAAGAAUGAAUUCAGUAACUUGUACCAGAAAUUUAAAGAUAAAAGCCAAGAACUUAAGGACACUGAGGAGUGUGCACAGAAAAAGAAAGAGCAAAACAGACUGGUUAUAAAAAAUCUGGAGGCGGAAAAUCAGGGAUUAAAUACAUGCUGUGCUGACCUGUUAAAUGACCUGGAGAAACUGAGGAAGCAGGAGGCACAAUGGAAAACAGAAAAAUCUGGCAGUGAUGCCAGAAUAAAGACUUUGGAAACUGACUUAGCAGAGGCAAGAGAACAAUUGAAAGAGUUGCACAAUAUAUGCAGUAACUUGUCAUCUCAGGUAGCUGUGAAACAGGAAGAACUGACCCAGAAGGACUGUGAUGUGAUAAGGGCUAUGAAGGAGUUACAGGAACUGCAGAAUCUUCACAGUCAAAACACUGAACAUACAGCACAGCAGGCUGAGCUGAUAAAGCAACUUCAGGCUCUCAAUAAUGGUACACAAAAAGUACUGAAAGACCAAGAAGAUGCUCACAUAGCUGAAACAACAUCUUAUCAAAAACUUUAUAAUGAAUUGGCUUCAUGUUUUGAAACUGUUAAAGCAAGUGAAACUCAGCUGCAGCAAAACUGUGCCUCUCUUCAGGAUCAGUUGUGUGGAAAAAAUGAAAGGAUUUGUCAGUUACAAGAGCAACUUCAGCAGGCUCAUGAUGCUUUAAAUGCAAUAUAUCAGAAUCCUCCAAAAUGUAAAGUAAAUGAACCACCUGUGAAACGUUCAAGGUCUCUGUCCCCAAAGAGCUCUUUUAGAGAGUCAGAGGAGCAAAAGAAGCUUAAAAUAGCUGAAAGGAAGAUUGAAAACUUAAAGAAGACACUACAGCUAAAGACUCAAGAAACUGAUGAGCUAAGAGCAGCCCAUGAAAAACACAGAGAGAGGCUGCAGAUGUUACAGACCAACUACAGAGCGCUAAAAGAGCAAUUAAAGCAGUGGGAAGAGGGUGAUAGCAGACUGAAUCCUGAAAAAGAAUUGAAUCAGAUGAAAGUACACCAGUCUGUGGAGCCACUUUUCAAACUUAGUGAAGAUGAUGAAGUCAAGAACAGUACUGCAAAGAAUAGGAAAGAAGUUUCACAUCAAAUGUUACAGAAGGUACAACAGCUAGAAAGAAGAUUCAAAGCUAUUGAAGGGGAAUUAAAGAAACAGAAAGAAGUAAAUGAAGACUUACUGAAGGAAAAAAAAUACUUGGAAGCAUCUUUAAAGGUGCAAAAGGAAGAUGCAGACACCAGAGAAAAUGAGCUGGAAACACUAUUUAAGAGUAUUUGUAAAAUAAAAAAAGACAAAGCAGAACUUCAGCUAGUGAUUGAUGCGCAGGAAAAAGAAGUUGCCUCUUUGAAGGAGCAAGUGGCAGAAGCUAGCAGGUUGAGAAAUGAAAAUGAAGAUUUGCUGAGUCAAGUGCAGGAGCUGAAGUGUUUACUAGGUGAAGCCAAAGCAGUGUCAACCUUUGGGCAAUGUAAUUGCAAGAUAACAGGCACCAAGGUUAAAUUAAAAACAGCCAAGAAAAAGAGCUCUUUGGGGCAUCAUGGAGCUUUUCUCAAACAGUCCAUCAAGGUUAUGAGUAAUGUAUUUGAGAACUUCAGUAAGGACGGCUGGGAGGAUGUGAGUGAAAGCAGUGACCCUGAAAUACCAAAUUCUGAAAGUUUGGAAAUGGUGAUUGCGAACAAAGUACAAAACAUUGAUCCACUGCGAAACAGAAGUAAACAACAGGGAAAAAAGCAAAUACAAGAUAGUCAAAAGCCCUGCAACAUUGUUUGUUUAGAAGGCAAACCCCACCUGUAUAACAAAAAGGGCCAUUCACAAAAUAAAGUCCUAGAAAAAUUACAUUCCAAGAGGAGGAAGAUGUGCUGUCUCACAACAUCAUAUCCAUCAAUUGUAAACAAAGUGAACAGAACAAAAAGAAGAAAUAUCAUUGUCCAGAAACCAUGCUACCCUGUUAAUCUACUACAUGAAAAAAUCAAGGCACUGCAGCAGCAGCUAGCUGUUUUACAAAAUGAAAAAAAGACAGCAGUGUCUUCUGUGAAGGUAUUUAAAGAAAACAAUGAAAAACUAACAAAUGAGCUACAGCUGGCUAAUCAGAGACUUCAAACUAGUAAACUGACCAUAGAGGUGUUGACCUCCAACCUGGCCAAGUGGCAACAGGAGAAGGAAGAUUUACAAGAAAAAUUGAAGUUGAGAGAACAUCUGUCUCUAACUGCUGGAAAGAGUGAAGCCACACCAACUCCUUCAAAGAACAUCGAUUUAGAGAUGAAACAGCUGCAGUGCAAACUAAAGAAUUCGAAUAAUGAAAUCACUAAGCAAUCAACCACCAUUAAGUCAUUAAAAAACGAAGUCCAGGAAAAAGAAGAACGCAUUCAGGAACUACAAGGAAAGAUUUCUCGAUUGGAGAGGAACCUUAAUAUGAAAAGACAUUUGAUAGAAGACUUAAGGUCUCGCCUAAAAGCAAAUCAAGAAAAUGAGAAAACUUGUAAUGAAACCUUACAAAGUCUUGAGAGAAAGGCAAAGACACUGGCUGAAGACUGUUUGAACAAAAAGACUUCCAUUGACUCACUGAAACAGAAGCUUAAUGUAGCUACAAAAGAGAAGUCUCAGUAUGAGCAGAUGUAUCACAAGGCUAAAGAUGAGUUGGAGAAAAAGGAUCACAAGCUUACCAAUCUAAAGAGCAAAAUGACUGAGACUGAAUGUGCCAUGACUGAACUUGAGACUGCUGCAUCUCAACAACUACAUGGCUUGGCUAAACAAAGCAGACAGGCUUUGGAAACUGUACAAAAGCAGCUGCUGCUCACCAAUGACAAAGUAGAACAGUUCAUGACAUUUGUGAAGGCUCUAACUAGAGAGCUACAGCACAGUAUACAAGAGCUGAGAACAAAAAUCAAACAGGCAAAAAAAAAGGGAGAAAUGAGAGUGUGCAAAAAGAGUCUUUCCCAGGAGUCUGUUCAGUUGGCAGUGUCUAUUCUUGAUAUUUCAACAGCUGAUCUUCAGGAGAUAUUAGAAGCAGAAGAUGAUGAGGAAACAGCAAAAACAAAAAUGGAAUUUGAAAACGAUAAAGAAUGGCUGGAAUAUAUACAUAACCUUCUUGAAGCACAGUUUCCUUUUGCUUCAUAUUUAAUGGAUGCCAUACUGCAAAAAUUAAAUGAGAAGAAGAAACUCAUAGAAGAGUACAGUUCUCUUAUGAAACAUACUGUAUAAUAUUGCAAAGACUUAUCUUUGCAAAGUGUGACUAAAAUGUGUGCUAUUUCCUUGCGUCUUUCCUCUUCACAUAAGGAACUGUCAAUAUGCAUGUUCAAUAGAUAAGUAGAAACUGUGAACUAAUUAAUUGUUGAACAAGAAGAAUGAAUUACAUUCCUAUUUAGAAAGGAGUGCGGUGUUUGACUCUUGAAGAGAAAAAUUGCUGCAAAUCAAUGCAACGUAAAAAAAAUUAUUUUCCUUUAAAUACAUUAGCAGUGAACAGCACUGGAGACUUUGUAGAGUGGUAGAGAAAGGAUGUUUUUGAUACAACUAAUACACAUCUGUACAAUUCAUUAAGUACAAAAAGCAGCUAACUCCUGGUUGUACUGGUCAGAACAGUAUAAGUAGGAUUUGCAGAGGAACUGGGAAUAUCAUUGGGAUUUUGAAUACCUAAUUUCAUUUAGCUUCUUUGUAAAUCUAGCUUUAUGCUAUAUGCUACGUAAAAUGAUAUACUUUCUAUACAUUGGAAAAAAAAUGAAAAAAUGAAUGAUUGCAGGAAAAAAG